GCUGGGAUCAAACCCUGCCAUCCGACAUCGAUCUGGAUCCCAUGUCAACCGUCGAUUCAAUCUAACCCUGCUCCUAUAUAUAAUAACCGCCUCUGCACCACUCAUCUUCAUCUUCAUCUUCCUUACUCGACGCUUUCCACUAUCAUCUGCUUUUAGAAGAAUCGAAUUGAAUCGGAAAUGGAGACCUUCUUGUUCACAUCCGAAUCAGUAAACGAGGGUCACCCCGACAAGCUCUGCGACCAGAUCUCAGAUGCGGUGCUCGACGCUUGUCUGGCUCAGGACGCCGACAGCAAGGUGGCUUGCGAGACCUGCACCAAGACCAACAUGGUCAUGGUUUUCGGUGAGAUCACAACCAAAGCUAACGUCGACUACGAGAAGAUCGUCCGUGACACCUGCCGUGAAAUUGGAUUCGUCUCCGACAAUGUUGGUCUCGACGCCGACAAGUGCAAGGUCCUUGUCAACAUUGAGCAGCAGAGUCCCGACAUCGCCCAGGGUGUUCAUGGCCAUCUCACUAAGCGUCCUGAGGAAAUUGGUGCUGGUGACCAGGGUCACAUGUUUGGCUAUGCCACUGAUGAGACCCCUGAGUUGAUGCCUCUCAGCCAUGUUCUCGCCACCAAGCUCGGUGCCCGACUCACCGAGGUUCGUAAGGAUGGUACUUGCGCUUGGCUCAGACCAGAUGGCAAGACCCAAGUCACAAUUGAGUAUUACAAUGACAACGGUGCUAUGGUCCCUGUUCGUGUUCACACUGUUCUUAUUUCGACUCAGCACGAUGAGACUGUCACCAAUGAUGAAAUUGCUGCUGAUCUUAAAAAGCAUGUCAUCAAGCCAGUGAUCCCAGAAAAGUACUUGGACGAGAAGACCAUCUUUCACCUCAACCCAUCUGGCCGUUUUGUCAUUGGAGGCCCCCAUGGUGACGCUGGCUUAACAGGGCGUAAGAUCAUCAUUGACACCUAUGGUGGGUGGGGAGCUCACGGAGGUGGUGCUUUCUCCGGAAAGGACCCAACCAAGGUUGACAGGAGUGGUGCCUACAUUGUUAGGCAGGCUGCCAAGAGCAUUGUGGCCAAUGGACUUGCUAGAAGGUGCAUUGUGCAAGUCUCAUACGCCAUUGGUGUCCCUGAGCCCUUAUCCGUUUUCGUCGACAGCUAUGGCACUGGCAAGAUUCCUGACAAGGAGAUCCUCAAGAUUGUGAAGGAGAACUUUGAUUUCAGGCCCGGCAUGAUUUCCAUUAACUUGGAUCUUAAGAGGGGUAACAAUGGCAGGUUCUUAAAGACCGCUGCCUAUGGUCAUUUUGGAAGGGAUGACCCUGACUUCACAUGGGAGGUGGUGAAGCCCCUCAAGAGUGACAAGGUUCAAGUUUGAUCAACUGAAAAACUCAAACUCUCCGAUCUUUCUCAAGAUCAAAUGAGAAGAGAAGAGUAUGUUAUCUAAUGCCUGCAGCACUCCUCAAUAUCACCAUUUCUUACUUUCUUUCUUUCUUCCAUUGAUUUUUUACUUAGUAAUUUUUUUUUCUCCUUUUUUUCCCUUUUUCAUUUGUGUUCUAAUUUAAAGAGCGCGCCAUUACAUGUUAUGAAGUUAAAAAUGGAGGUGAGGCAAAAGAAAAGAAUCUUCUUUGUACUCUUAUAAGAGAAAUAAUACUUUUUUUUUAAAAUAAUAAUACUCGUUGAAAGAAAAUGAUUGCCCUGCAAUGCAA